CUAGAGAGGGAGCAUCAACUUAUCAAAUGCACAAGAUUCUUGCCUCCCUACUGGAACAAGUCCCUUUCUAGGAUGGAAUCCUUCUACUGGCUUUCACUUUGCUGAGCAAAACUUGCUCCGAUAUGUCAAUAAUAAUAAACUGACUCUGGUUUUCUGUUCUUUCUGCAACCUGCGCGCUGUACUAAAAAUCAUUGAGAACAAGGGGCUUUGGCAUCAUUGAGAACAACGGGCUUUGGGUGGCCUUUUGGCCCCUGGUUUGUCAAGAGUUCAGUACUUGUUUGGCGCCAACUUGUGCGACAUGAUGAUGUGCAACUUGUCUCUUGGUAUAGUUACUCUGAAUAAAGGUUGUUGCAUUUGAUGGGACUCCAUAAAUAUCUGCCUCCUUGCGCAAUUUGUUGGGUGUUACUACCAUUGACCCUUUGGGUUGGGUUGAGGGUGCAUUUCCAAAUACUGCACCUACUGACGUUUAGGUGUAUCUGGUUCUGAUUAUGUAUAUCAUCACCGCGGUCUAACUGCAAUUGUAAUAUAGCACCGCCUGACUGACCCAGGAGCGUGUUUUGCUCCGUGUGUGUGUGUGUGGCAGACUGGCAGUGUUGCUUGCUACUGGUACCCGAGUGAUGUACUGGAACUAUCGAAUAAUAAUCCACUGCACGCGCAGCCGCGGCAAGUUUGCGAGCCCGACACGGCGUCCCUCCUGGUGCACUGCAUGCACGGGCAUCAGCCGUGUUGUCUUUGUCGUGCCGACUGCCGAACUGCUGGGCUGGCCCAACAGCAACAGCAACAGCAACAAAGCGGUGGGAGACGCGGCCGUCAGAUUGUGCCAAAAGCCUCGGCGGCUGCCGAUCGAUCGGCGCCCGCCCGCCGGAACGCGCAAGUUGCAUUGCAUGCGCGAGGCAGCACACUACUCAACUGAACCGAUGGAGACGCAGUAUAAAGCAGCCACACCAUCUCCUUCCGCUCCGGCACCACCGCCCCUCAGCAGCGGCUGACGCCGGCUAUCUAUCACGCACAGGGACGUACGAGACUGUACGAGUGGCGGAAACGAUAUAUAUAGGUAUAUAUAUAUAUAUAUAUAUAUAUAUAUAUGGAGGAGGCGAGGUACGUGAAGGUGGCGUCCCGGUUCUUCCUCGCCGGCGGCAAGGGGAACGCCGGCGGCGAUGGGUGCGGUGACCGCCGCCACUUCCUCGACGCAUGCUUCCUGUGCAAGCGGGACAUCACCUCGGACCGCCACAUCUUCAUGUACAAGGGCGACGCGGCGUUCUGCAGCGACGACUGCAGGCAGGAGCAGAGGGGCAUGGACGCCGCGCUCAAGGCCGCCAGGCGCCGCCACCGCCUGCUGCGCCGCACCGCCUCUUUGCCGGCGUCGUCGUCGGCCGCCGCGUGCACCGCCAACAAGGCCGCCACUACUGGCGGGAACUGGAAUAUCGCUGUGGGUGAGGGUUUUUUCUGACGGCUGCGCGCUGCCCGGCCGACGGCCGUCCGUCCGUCGCUGCUGCGGUGCUGCCUGCCUCGCAGUCCACGCCCGGCCGGCCGGCUUUUCCCCCAACUGCCAUGUGUCCGGCUACCAUGCUUGCAUGGGAUCGCGGCGGCGCGUCGUCUGGUCAGCUGCUGAUGUGUACAUUUUUUGCCAUGGUUUUUGGUUUUGUGGCCAGCUGCUGCGAUCCGUUAGAGAACGUAUGCAUGGCGCACGGUCUGUGUACGUACAUGUUGGAUUGGGAACAAGACUUGUGGCAUGAUGCUUCGCAGCAAGCAAUGCAAAGUGGACAAGCUAGCUACACUACAUCUCCUGCAAAAAGCUAGGUUCACAAGAGUAGAUAGGAAUAAUAUAUAACCACCUCUUUCUCUGUACGUACAUGCACACUGCUUUUCUUGUUUCUCAAUGAACUGCAUCAUCAUGUCUCUUCCCUCCA